UUCUCACAUUAAACCAAAGGUGUUCCUCUUUCAUUGGGGAAGUUCAUCUGUCCACAUCACGGAAGAGAAGUUGCUCAAAGCUGUGAAGACCAACGUGGCUAAAGCCUUUCCUUGUUCCACCAAAGAGAUGAUGCUUUCUUUACAGACCGUCACAGACUUCAUAGCUCAAUUAUAAUUGUGCCAAUUUUAAGUAUUUUCAGGGUGGAUAUAGCCUGAAUAUGAGUGAUCAGAGGAGAAACACUUUAAAAACAACACUGCAGCUGAUGUGUCAACUUCUGUGGGUGUUGGGGUUGAUGGUGGGUCUGAGUGGAGUCUACCUGCUGAUGAAGUACAGUAAAAGCAGCCUGUUCUUCUCUCAGGUUUACAUCACCCUGCCAGCUAUCCUCACUCUGACCAGCGCUGCCUUCCUUUUGGCCACCGGGUGUCUCGGCUCCUGGCCAAGCCUCAGGGGUUCCUCCUGCCUGCAGGGACUGUUUGUUUAUCUGCUAGUUGUGAUCUUUUGCCUGGAAAGUACAGCUGCAGCGUUGGCUUAUUUCCACUCAGUUAAGCUGGAGACAGAGAUAGCUAAUCUCAGUGUUGUGUUUGAGACGUACACGGGCAGCAGUGACGACCCCAACUCUUGGACCAUGGAUGCCACGCAAGAAGAGUUCCAGUGUUGCGGUGUCCAUGACUACAGGGAUUGGCUGGAAACUUCCUGGUUUAAUCGAACUGGAGGACUCUGGGUUCCUCACAGCUGCUGCAACGUUACUUUCCCCUCUUGUAAUGGCUCUGUGGGAGAGUCAUGGCAGCUUUAUGCAGAGGGCUGCCAGGUGAAGGUGGAGAUGGCCUUUCAGUUUAUACUGAGUUUUAUCAUCUGGGUGUCACCACUGGUUUUUCUGGUGGAGGUUGUUUCGUUUCUGAUGGUGGCCCAGCUGAUGAGGGAACAACCUUUUACGGGAUAUCAGAUACUGGAAAAACCUAAACACCUUGUGACAGAUGGGAAAGCACUGUACUGUACAUAGUGUGUCACUGUAUAUUGUGGAAACCUCACCACUGUUUAACAAUAAAAGUUUACUUCAGUACACUACAAAACAUGUAACACAUGAGUAUGUUUUUGUUCUAAAUAUACUCUUUUUUAUCUUUUUAUCUUUCUUCAACUUCUCAGAAUGUUCUUAAAGGUAGGAAGAUCUUCAAAAACAUUCUAGAAAUGUUUGGUAACAACUUUUAAAGACCAUUAUGGCCUGACAUUAUUAAAAUAUUUUCCAAAUGUAACAUUGAGAAUGUCCUUCCUCUGUUAUAAUGUGACGCUGUGUGCAAUGUCCGUGUUCUGCAGUGUGCUACCUCAAUAACAUGCGCAGAAUAUUGCAGCAAAAUGUUUUAUCUUUGUUAAUGUAUCACAUUACAGGAAUGUUGUAUAAGACAUUCUGUCAUCGGAAUUUUGGAAGCAUUUUCUUCAAUUUUGUUUUGUAUCCUUUGUUGUCAUGCAAAACAGUCUAUAGCCCUGAUAUUCUCAAAAUGCCACCGAAAUUUGGCACUAAAAUGUUGAAUCUCAGCUAAUUUUAAAUCUUAUAAUACCAUCAACUGAAAAGCAAAAUAUCCUUAGAAUGUUUGUUAAACAUUAGAAUAUAAUAUUUUUUAAAAGUUCAUUUUAGAGCUAGUAUCGUAAAGUAUUGUAUGAACUGGGUUUGCACUGUUGAAAAUGAAGGAUACAGAUCAGUAUACUGUAGAUGUCAUUAAAACAAACAAUGGAAUAGUUUAUGUUUUUAUAAUUUAUAUGGGCUAAUAGAUGUAGCAUUUUAACUCUACACUUUCUGAAGAA